UAACGCUAGAUGGCAUUACGACGUUCAGCCCAAUCACGUGACUUUUCAAACGUCAAUUUUGAUCUUAAACAAACAAAACAUGAUUAUCUUUUGCUAAUAACAAAAAAAUAUAAGAACUAACCUCAAAUAAAUUUGUAUUAUACCUAAACGAAGAUAUAGAAAACAUGAAAAAAUAUGACAGAUUCAUGUAGAAUAUUUAAUACUGAAUAUAGACAUCAAUUCAAGAAAAAAUCACAAGCAUUAAGACAUUCAUUCGUUCAUUCUGAUUGUUUUGCUGAUCGUAUAGAAGAGGAUUGGCAGAUUGAUCCAUGUUUGGCUUCUAUACCAACUAAAUUUGAUGAGGCUGCAGAAAAACUUGUGCAGAAACAAAUAUUGGAUAAUACUAGAACAAUCUAUCAAGUUAGCUAUAAAGAUCCCUGGAGAAUCCAUAAAGACGAAUUUGAAAAAGAAGAUGAAGAAAAAGAGAAAACGUCCAAAGAGAUUAAUUUCCAAAGCGAAUUAUUUGCAUAUAUCAGAAAAUUAUACUUUGAUCCGCAUGAGGAAAAAGUUCUAGCUCCACCGGCUACAUCCAAACGAAUAUUUGGCUAUUCAAGGCCAAAGUAUUUACAUGGUGGUCUGUCAAUGUAUCAAGAUACACAUGGACGAACAGGAGGCUUAAUUAUGUUACACAAUGUUGAAUAUCUUUCGAAUGCUAAAGGAAAUGAAUUAACAAAGAAGAAACAAUUGGAAAUAAAAGAGAAAGAAAUUGAUUUUUGUAAAGAAAUUUAAUGAGAUAGGGGUUAUGUUAGGAAAAAAAAAAACACAAAAAUUUUCUAAAUUAAAUUAACGUUAAAAAAAAAAAAUAUAUAUAUAUAGAAUAUUUUAUAAUAUAAAUGUAAUAAAUAAAUACUUGCGUAUGAACUGAAGAAUAUA